GGCUGGUGGAUCUCAACCGCAGCAUUUGCCUUCCCAAUGCGCGAAAUAUGACGAGGUGCGACCGACUGACUUUCUCUUUAUUGUUGAACUCUCGAAAUCCGCACCAUGAGCCUUGAUCCAAGCUCGUUUCCGAGGUCCAACUCCCCCGCAAGCUCCGAGAGCUCCCUUACGCGCUCCCGCUUACGAGGAAAAGAAGAGCCUCUGCGGAAGGAUAAGAACUACCGUCGUUAUGCGUCGAGCGUCGAGCGGUCCCUGUCGCUGUUUGACACGGCCUUGCAGGAAUGGGCCGACUACAUCUCAUUUCUUAGUCGCUUGCUUAAGGCCCUUCAAUCUCACCCUCCGGAUCUACCGAUCGUCCCUCACAAGGUGCUUGUCGCGAAACGGCUUGCGCAAUGCUUAAACCCGUCAUUACCUUCUGGAGUUCACCAGAAAACGCUUGAGGUGUACACAUACAUAUUUGAUCUGAUAAAGUCCGAAGGACUGUCGCAGGACCUACCUCUAUACCUACCGGGCAUCGCGCCAACUCUGACAUUCGCCUCUCUUACGGUUCGCCCACUAUUCUUGUCCCUGGUGGAGACACAUAUUUGUGGCCUGGAGCCAUGGGCUAUUCGUCCUGCAUUGAAGGCGAUCAUCUUGGCCCUUUUGCCGGGACUCGAGGAGGAAACGAGCGAUGACUUUGAGCCCACAAUUCGAUUGGUCAACAAAUUCCGUGAUAUUUCAAGUCAGAUGGACACCAAUAGACCCGGGAUGGAAACCAACUCAAGCGGUCAAUACUUCUGGCAAUGUUUAUUCCUUGCUUCGAUCACCAGCCCCAGCAGACGUUCAGGUGUUCUAGCUUACUUGAACCGCUAUCUCCCCAAGCUGGGCAUUACGGACCGUAGACCGAGCAAGACUGAGGGAAGCGACGACAUGCCACAAGAUGUUCUAAUAGCAGCCGACUCGGUGGUUUCUCCCGAACCAGGCUUACUGAUUCGCUGUUUCGCAUCUGGAUUGUCGGACGAGCAAGUCCUCGUCCAACGGAAUUUCCUUGACCUGCUUGUUACGCACCUUCCGCUCAGCUCCCCUAUUCUACAGGGUCGAAUUACAGACAACGAUCUUCGUCGACUGAUCAUUGCGGCCGUUGGUGUUGUCUGGCGCCGUGACAUGAGUCUGAAUAGACGAUUAUGGGCUUGGCUCAUGGGCCCCGAACCUGCCAAUGACCGGCCUUCUUUCGACGGCAGCAUCAUGGCAUCUGAAAAACAGACGCCUGCGGUCGGCGGACAGGAGAUUUCCCAGUCAGAAUACUUCAGUCGCUUUGGCCUGACUCCGUUGAUAGGAGGUCUUCUCCAGAUGAUAGAACAAGAUACGCGCGUUCCCUCCGAGAGAACAAGGCCCUUCCGUAUAUCACUUUCGUUGAUGGACCGAUGGGAAGUUGGGGGAUACAUCGUGCCAGCGGUGUUCCUCCCGAUUAUCCGAAGCGUUCAGGCUUUUGAAUCGGUAGCCUCUAAGAGCCAAUUUGACGAGGUGUUCCGCAGCGCGAGUGCUUUCUUCGAUGGAGUCGAAAGUGGUAUGAUCUUCUCUGAACUUCUCCGCUUGGUAGACUGGAAGUCGGGUGAAUUGAAUCGCAACCAUGAGCAGGUCUUGAGCAAUUUGAAGCUCGCCCAGUUCAUUCUGGAGAAUUUCAAUGUGCGCGAGGAAGACAUGGUUCUUACCCAUGUUCCGCUACUAACGCUGUCGAUCCUGGUCAAGAUGCGCGAACUACCUAAGGAAGAUCACUCCUCAAUGACCGAGGAUCAGCUGCAGCUUUUGUCUAAUAGCCUCUCGAGGGUGAUGCAUUCUCUGACUGGGUUGCUUACAGAAAGAGCCUUCUCAAGGAAGUCCACCUCUGAUAAGGGCUCAAAUAAAGCGUCCACAUCGUCUGUCGAUGAUUCCGAGGCCCUACGCAAAAUUCAUGGAUUUUAUGAUCAAAGCAAGGGCAGUCUGGAUCUGCCACCGUUGCCUUUUGCUCCUAAAGUCCUGGGCGGGCUCAUCGUUAGCAAAGCUCAUGAACUCGCCAUUGCAGCCCUUGAUCAUCACAAUGCCGCUUUGCCGAUUCAUGAUAGGGUCAAUCUUCUUAUAGUCUUGCUGAGGAAGCUGCCGAAAGCGCGUGUACUGCGCGACCGGCGCUUUUACCUUGCGAUUUGCAACCGAGCGAAUAUAGAUCAAGCCGAUCCGUCUACUUCGUCCUUCUCAUCUACCUCAGCAAUUGCGUCUGCUGUGACAAGCCUAUAUUCUAUUCACUCUCCUGGUUUCUAUAUAAGCUACGAAGAUCUGACUGAUUUGGUUCCGUCCCUUGUCAAGCAACUAUGGCAAUUCCUUUCGCCAUUAAACCCAAAAUAUCAUGUUGAAGCAGUUCGGUGUUUGUGGCGCCUGCAUUCAGUUUCAUGGCCGGAUCACAUUGUUGAAGCUGCCAUUACUUCUCUAAUGAUCGACUCAUCGUCAGCUGCGUCUCGCCACCUAUCAUCAGAAGAGCAGAUCGGUAGAUACUUUGUGCUAUGGAAUCACAGUCACCAUGGGACUUAUGAUCUUCCACCGAAACACAAGAAUGAAUCAGCACCGCCUCAUCUACUCUAUCAAUCGUCAAUUCUUGAACGGCCGCUUUUUGUUGUUCUAGACCUUUUAUCCCAGGGACCAAGCGAGGCUUCUCACCUAGUCGAGCAGUGGCUUCAGGAUCUAUCAUCUAUACACAAAGUUUUCUUUAUACUUGUUUCGAGACUCGAAGACUUGUUUCUGCGGGUAAACCCAUCCGAAGCUGAUACACAGGACUUGACGAUAUCACCUGAUGAUUAUAAAGAAGGGAACUAUCUGCUGGAAACAAUUCAUACCUCUCUAUCUGCAGUUUCACACAAUGGCUGGGUCGCUCUUUUGACGCAUCCACCACCCCAGGCUGAGAAACAUAAAGAUGCUCGCACCUCGGAGGAUCAUGCCGACGCAGAAUCUCUACAUUCAACUAUCUUCCAAGAUACGUUGAAGGUAGUAAGUGGAAGGAUUGCCAAUGCUGAACAAACAUCUGCCGACGAAGUCAAAUUACAGCAAAGCGCUCUUCUCGUCAUGCGCCAGCUUCUGCUCGGUCCCGGAGCUGAAAGCAUUGUCGAGUCCGGAAUUGAUGCUUUCCUUGUCGACCGACUCUUACACGUCCUUGAUGCAGGGGGCAGCAUCGCCGUACAAGGAGCACUCAUUGACACCCUCCUUGCGGCAUUGAAGGUUCGAUUUGCUCAAGCCUAUCUACCUCCACCCCCUCCUAGACCGAAGCAUCAGAGGGCCAGCUCCCGAGAGCGAUUAACAAGCCCAUCGAUCUUGUCUUUUACGAGUGAUAAAGCUGAGAAAUCCCCUGCGGCUCCGUCCUUUCCUCAGCCUCCGCAACACCUUCUCGACUGCAUUCUGAAGGGUAUCAGCUCGCCAAACUCCAGAGAGAUUGUAGAGAGAUGGACUGUGCUACUCUGCGAGGUGCUUCCAUUGUAUACAGGAUCCAUUUUCCAGAUUCUUCUCUUACUAGUGGAAUGCUUCUGCAAGGAGAUUCAACUCUCGUACGCCAGCCUUCAGCUUGCAUUCAAGCAGACCAUAAAGUGGCGUGAGGAUCGCUCAGAGCAUGCGACUAUUGCAUUACUUGCCGGCCUUGAGACCUGUAUCGCAACUGCCCACGAGCGCCUUCUAAUUGAAGAGACGAACGCACCAGCCGUCAAAAGCCCAGACCAAACUCAUGGGUUCUUUGGAAACAUGGUGUCAGGCGUCUUUUCUUCGGACGCUGGUCAAUCUCGACCGUCAGCUGCAAAUAAUAGACUCACAGUACUGCUAUGCUUCCAAGAUGCGGUGCGACUAUGCUUCUCUAUCUGGUCAUGGGGCGCUGUGGAAAGGAGCACUCUCCCUCAAGAUGCGGAAUCUGUUGCGUCAUUUCAGUAUACUUCCUUGCGCAUGAGGAACAGAUCUCGGCGGAUCCUAGAGCAUCUAUUUACCGCAGAAGCUCUUGAAUGUCUCGAGACUUUAGUAGAGAUGUGGACGAAGUCAGAUCCCGACACUUCAUCUCUCAUCUUCAGUCUCAUCCACACUCUGGAUGGGUCCAGACCCAAGAUCACGAUCCCGGCCGUGUUCAAUGCAAUCUAUACGCGAACCAAUCCUUCGGCACUAGACCCAAGCCGUAAAUCCACGCUGUCAUCCUCAUUGACAGAGGCUGAGCUGGCCGGAUUUUUGGUGGCUUACGCCAAGUCGCUUGACGACGACGUUCUAGACGAGAUUUGGGCUGACUGCACUACGUUUUUGCGUGACGUGUUGAGUAACCCAUUCCCACAUCGGCAAAUUCUUCCGCGCUUGGUCGAGUUUGCUGCUAUACUUGGGGCUAAGUUGGACAAUACAAGCUUUGGUGAUGAUCGGCGAAUGAGAAGGGAGCUUGGGGAUGUUCUACUUCGUUUGCUUACGGCCAUAUUCACGAGCAAGCCUCUGGGAAUGUCUCAGGACUCCGGCCUGAUGAGUCGAGCCUCUUUGGACCACGAUAAUUCGUCCGUUCCUCACAUGGGGCCCGAUGACAUGCUCAGCAUCCUUUCCUUGUCUAUGCCCGCCUUCACAACUACGUUGGGUGAUUCGGAUCGUAUCAACUCGGCCGUAUCGGGCAUCUCGACCAAUGUGAUUGCUCCUCUGCUGCGGUCCCGGCUUUUCCCAAACAACGUCAACCGCAGUUUCAUGGCCCUUCUACAGCAUAUAGCAAAGGCACCCGCUGCGGCUAAAAUCUGGAAGAAGGACAUCUCUGAUGCUUUCAACGACCCCAGGUUUUUCGGAUCACAGGUGAACCUGGUGAAAGAUGGUUGGAUGACUCUGCUGCGGCAAUGGGUUCUCGCCGACAAGGAUCGACUGUCCGAAUUACUAGCCCGUCUCCCUCCACCCAGCACUGCAGGAAUAAUGUUUGGCGUAGGCGCAUCCGCUGCGCGCCUGGAUGCCGAUCGCAAAGCGCAACUGAAUCUCCGCAGGAUUGCCCUGCUGAUCAUGUCUGCUAGCAGUGACUAUUUCGUUGGAGAAUUGCCAGGUCUCCUCCAGAAACUCGAAGACCUCCUUGCAGCCACCAGCUCAUCCUCCCCCUCGUCCAACACGCGGGCCGAGAUAUUUAUGGUUCUUCGGGCGCUCACCCUCAAGACCUCGACCAAUACGCUGGCACCGUUCUGGCCGAUAAUCAACACCGAACUGCAGGAAGCCAUUGCAGCCAUUCCCCUUGGAGCCCAUCAAGAGGUCUACAACCCAUGCUCGCUGUUGCAGGCGUGUAAGCUCCUGGAUACGCUGCUAGUUCUUGCGCCCGAUGACUUCCAGCUCCUCGAGUGGCUCUACGUCACCGAUACCAUUGAUGCCAUCUAUCCUCCUGACCGCUGGGAAUCGAUGGCGCUUGCCGAUGAGAUUUCCCAAGGCCUAGGAGCACGAGCCUCCCCGUCUCCUCGCACGCCGACGAAUCCGGCCGAGACCGACAAUGAUCCCAAAAAACCGGGUCUCACGGCCGAUUGGAUCCGCGAAACAGCCAAGGACGAGAUUAUCGAUCGCGUGCUUCGUCCCUGGUUUGACCAACUUAGCAUUCAUGCUUUCGAGAGUACAUACAGCAUGAAUAGCCCCAGCUUGGAAGUGUGUCAGGAUGAUCUGCUGGCGGACCUGUUUAACGAAAGUACCAUGGCCAACUGAGCGCUUGAUUUGUUCUCGUUUUUAGAUUUUCCGUUGGCGGGUUGGUUUGAUUAGUCUUUAGCUUGUAGUGUGUGUAUUAUAUAUAAGCAUAAUUGGCUGGUUGAAAUGUCUUAAGCCUC